CUGAACUGGACGUAAACAACUUGCGUCGAUCGCCUCGUAUACCGGCAGUACCGGAUUAGGAAUUUAGUUAUCUACGGAGAACGCCCGCGAUAGGCCGUGUGGAGUGUAAUCAUAGUUCGGUUGUGGUUAACGUUGUUCAGCGUGGUUUGUGUCUUCAGUUCGAUUCUUUACUCACCGCAACGAUCGUACCAUCAUCGCAGAACCAUGUCGUUUGUCAACGUUCCACAGGGAAGCGACUUCCCGAUCGAAAAUCUUCCAUAUGGCGUCUUCAGUACCGCGGCUAAUCCAACGGCCAGGAUUGGUGUGGCGAUUGGCGAUCAAAUCCUCGAUCUUUCUGCCGUGAAACAAUUUUACCCAGAAAAUGUUCGUGCCGCUCUUGGCGCCACCGUCCUUAAUGACUUAAUGUCCCUGGGCUGUGAUGCGUGGUCGGAAGUGAGACGCAUUACCAAGGAGCUCCUGCUGGAAGGUUCCGCGCUACACAAGGAUGCCGAUCUGCAAGCCCAGGCGUUGGUUUUGCAAUCCGAUGCGAAAAUGCACCUUCCGGCCAACAUCGGCGACUAUACGGACUUCUACUCGUCGAUCCAUCAUGCCACCAACGUCGGUGUGAUGUUCCGCGGCAAAGAGAAUGCCCUGAUGCCCAACUGGAAGCACCUACCGGUCGGUUAUCAUGGUCGAGCCAGCUCGGUCGUCGUCUCCGGAACUCCGAUCCGUCGUCCGUACGGUCAAACGCUGCCGGUCGAUGGAGCGAAUCCAGCUUUCGGACCCUGCCGGUUGUUCGAUUUCGAGCUGGAAAUGGCCUUCUUCGUCGGUGGCCCUCCGACGGCACUGGGAGAGCGAGUUUCUGUCCGUGACGCAGCGAACCGUGUCUUCGGCAUGGUGCUGAUGAACGAUUGGAGCGCACGGGACAUCCAAAAGUGGGAGUACGUACCGUUGGGGCCGUUCACGGCGAAGAAUCUCGGUACCACCAUCUCACCCUGGGUUGUCCCGGUGGCCGCCCUUGAGCCGUUUCUGGUGGAUAACUUCCCCCAGGACCCGACACCGUUCCCCUAUCUUCAGCACGAGCAAAAGUUUAACUUCGACAUCAAACUGGAGGUCGACAUUAAGCCGAAGGCAACGGGCGUAGCAACGACGGUCUGCCGGUCGAACUACCGAAACCUGUACUGGACGGCGCUGCAGCAGAUCGCGCAUCACACUGUUACCGGGUGUAAUCUAAAACCGGGCGACCUGAUGGCGUCGGGAACGAUCAGUGGCGAUGCGUCCGACUCGUUCGGUUCGAUGCUGGAGCUAAGCUGGAAGGGCACCAAACAGGUUCCGUUGGCGGGCGGUGAGACGCGCAAAUUUCUGCAGGACAACGACGAAGUUACCAUCCGCGGACACUGCAGCACGGAGGGUUUGCGCAUCGGGUUCGGUUCCUGUACCGGAGUGGUGCUUCCGGCGACACCGUUCGAGUAGUGCGCUCACGAAAUAUAUUCCACUCCCAAUCUGUUGAUUAUUGCAUGCAAAAAUAAAUCGAUUCGUUUGAGUUUAUUCGAAAAAAAAAAGAAGUUUAACAAAACC